AUGUUUAUGAUUACGUGACUGCGGUUUUUCGGUUGUGUUAUCUUGUCACGAUAGCUUUAUUUCAUAAGCUGCAUUAUGGUUUCUUAGUAUUGCUGCUUUAAAAUGCCGUUAGUACUGUAUAUUCAGGCUAGAUAACUAUUUUAGCGGCUUUUGCUACUGGUAGAUGAAACCCACUAUGAAGGGAGCAAUGAAUCUGGGCACCAUUUUGCCCAAGGAAUUUAUAUUGCGCUGAACGGCAAGCAGAUUUAUACCUGGUAUGUAUCUGCUAAAGAAAAUUGUGAAGAACAGCGGGUUCCAAAAUGACAAUGCAGCUGGAGGGAUUGCCCCCCAAGGCAGUUUCGAAAUAGUUGGUUAUGAGGACGCAGCGGAACGGAUUUACGAUGACGAUACAACGGAAACAAACGACAACGACGAUGCAGCCGAAGUCAUGGGAAGAAAUAUGCAGUACCGUUACUCAAAUGUUGACUAUAUUGGACGGGGAUCGUUUGGCGUUGUGUAUAAAGCCAAAGUAACAAAACGUGGCAGUUAUACCGGAGAGCAGAUUAUCGCUGUCAAAGUGAUACACGCUUACAACCACUCUACGGAUGCGGAGGAAAAAGAACGUUGGACGAAUGCCUUGACAAGACUGAGGAGGCUCACUGAACUAUCUCACAAGCAUCUCGUGGUUUAUCACAAAGUUUCCAUCACCCCUGCUUCCGGUGGAGUGAUUGCCGAGCUGGUUAUGGAUUACUACAAAGGUGACCUUGCUUCGUUCCUGAAGGACACAAAGGAGAAUGAAGACCUUCGAAACAGCUUCAAUUAUAGAAAGGUUAUAAAAUUCACCAUAUAUAUAGCUCGUGGAUUGGAGUACCUGCAUCGGAAUGGCAUAAUUCAUGGAGAUCUGAAGCCCGAAAACAUCCUUGUACAAAUCGCAGAAGGUGGCCGUGAAAAGCUUCGAAUCGGCGAUUUGGACGACUUAAUACAAAUGCACCAAAGCCACACUUGUUCCGAAGAUUUUUUGAAAAUUCGUGGCACAACACGGUAUAUGUCACCGGAAAUGCUAAUUAAAUUUAUCAAAACAGCAGAGUCAUUACCACCAGGAAGGAAGACGGAUAUCUGGAGUUUGGGCUGCAUAAUUCUGGAAAUGGCCGAAUGCUCUAAAAAUGUAUCCAAAAAGCAACUCGUAAUGGACGCGAACGUUGUAGAUGGAGGAAGCGAAAUAAGUGAAACCCAGUACGCUACGCUGAUCAUCGACGGUUACGUGCCGUUUGUGGAUGGCGCCAUUGAAGAAAACCUGGGGCGUGUCAUCCAGCAGUGCCUGCGUCGAACAGUUGGAGAGAGAAUAUGCGUAGACGCACUGCUGAGUGUCUUUAAGAUUCAAAAGAAACAAGUUAUACUAUUUUUUCCACACCCCGGCCACAUCGAUCAGGUGUUGAUAUUUAAUCCUUCGACCAGUUCCUUUACUGUUCGGGAAGUGCUUGGGUCACCAGCAGCCCUAUGGGGACCAUAUGCCGUGUUAGCCGGUCCAAAAUCAGAGGUGAUAUUCGUACAGCGAGUAAAAACUCGUGCGGGUAGCGCAAAUAAUGUGUUCCACUUCUGGAAUCUGAUGGAAGGGAGAUGGCGUGAGAUUACGCCUUCCAGGCAGUCAUCAUUCAGUGAAGCGAUUGUAGUGAAGCACCGGGUUUACCUUCGGAAUAAAAUGAAAUUCUUUGCGGAAAUGGACGCUUUUACUGGUCGGAUUGCUUCCCUGAAGACACCUCGAAAAGCUUAUCAUUGCAGUCUUGAUCCAAGUGCAGUGGCAAAAUGUGGCAAAUAUAUAUUCUAUGUCACAUGGGACUGCUUGCUGCGAUACAAUACGGAGAACCACGAAUGGCGGUCCUUGCCGAAUUUGCCAGAGAAGCGAUGGGACUUUGCAGUGGCGGUCGUUAAUGGAUACAUGUACGUUAUCGGCGGCAAGGUACCUGAUUCUGUAGGCGGCGACACAGACCGUAUCGCAACAGCUGAUUGCAUUCGUUUGAAUCUGGAUGCUCCUGAUCCUACUUGGGAAAACAUGUCGCUGCUUGCGCAACCCCGAUACUGGCAUGCGGCUUGCGUUGUCCAGGAUAGGAUAUAUGUCUGCGGUGGUAGACAUGCUGCAGAACAGCACGCACUUGCAAUAGAGUUUUAUGAUACCAAUAACGACGCAGAAUGGUCGAUCGUAAGCUUGCUGGAGAAAGAUGAACAAAUGAUAUCUAAUUUCGCAGCAAAUAUUAAGCCCGGGGAUCCGUGGUAUGGAGUAUUGAGCGCGUUGACUGUUGAUUUGGAAAGUGAGAUUGUCAUAAACAUUUCUGUUUGAAGUUACUAAGUUUGUAACCAAGCAGCGUAUUUCAGAAAUGUCUUGAGGUCGGUUCUUGCGAGAACGCAUUCGCCGAGGCAUCGGUUGCACAGCAGUCGCAUCACAAAAAUCAUUUUGCAUAAAUUACUGGAGUUUUAUAACUUAGUUUAUGUAUAAUGUCUGUUUCCCGAAGCAGACAGCGAUAAAUAAAGUUCUGUAUCGCAUA